GAUUUUGGGCAUUCCUCAAUGCCAAGUUCUGCCCCCAGAGCGGAGAGGAGGAUCGGCUGAGCAAGAGGAAAAGCAUCGGGGAGACGAUUUCCCUGCAGGUGGAGGUGGAGUCCAGGAACAGCCCCGAGAGAGAGCAGAGAGCCCCGGCUGAGGAAAUCACCUACGAGACCCUGAAAAAGGCCAUCGCGGACAGCGUGGCUGCGGAGGAGCAGGAGCGCGAGCGGCGCCGGCUGCUGCUGCAGCGCUUCCAGAAGGCGCCGUUCGAGGAGCUCGCCGCGCACUGCGGCGCCCGAGUCAGCGCGGGCCGCGCGCCGGGAAACCGGGGAUCCAUCGAUCGAUUGAUUGAUUGA